CAAUUGCUUUCAGGAACAAAAUGUUUGAAGUUCCUUUAAGGUGAAGGCACAGCAUGGUCCCUGCCACUGCUUUCAGCCUCCAAAACCUGCUGUCAUCACCCUGACUUGGGUCUCAGGUCCCCAGCUGGGAGAGAACCAGGCAGGGGGGUGGACACAGGCUGGCAGCUACAUUUGGACAUAGCUCAGCCCUCCUGACUCAGCCAGGGGGGGACGUGGUCCUGGCCUGACGUUAGCAGUGGCGUGGCCCCUAUAAUAGCUCCGUGCCCUGACUUGAGCUCUCUCUCCCUCUUAGCCUCAGAGAUGAGUCUGUCCAUCCCAGCCGUAGGGCUCAGCGGGAUAAAAACAGAGCUGGGAUACAUUCUGACACCGGGGCUCUGACCUCUGUUGGGAAGCGUGGACUUGAGCCGGCUCUGGUGCUGCUGGCCUGUGGGACACAGGGAGCAUCGGCUCCGCGAUAAGAAUAAGUACUCGGCUCCCGGCAGCGUCGCCGUCAUGGGGAAGGACUAUUACAAGAUUUUGGGCAUCCAGAGCGGCGCCAAUGAAGAUGAAAUCAAGAAAGCCUAUCGGAAAAUGGCCCUGAAGUAUCACCCUGAUAAGAAUAAAGACCCCAAUGCUGAGGAGAAGUUCAAGGAGAUUGCGGAGGCUUAUGACGUCCUGAGUGACCCCAAGAAACGAGCCGUGUAUGACCAGUAUGGGGAGGAAGGUCUCAAAACUGGAGGUGGCUCUUCAGGUGGCUCGGGGAACACCUUCCACUACACUUUCCAUGGAGACCCCCAUGCCACCUUUGCUUCCUUCUUUGGAGGCUCCAACCCUUUCGACAUCUUCUUCGCCAGCAGCCGCUCCCGGAUGUUCAAUGGCUUUGACCAGGAAGACAUGGAUAUGGAUGAUGACGAUGACCCUUUCAGUGCCUUUGGCCGGUUUGGCUUCAAUGGCAUUAAUGGGGUUCACCGGCGGCACCAGGAGUCCCUGCACACACGGAGGAAGGUCCAAGACCCACCUGUCAUCCAUGAGCUCAAGGUGUCCCUGGAAGAGAUCUACCAUGGAUCCACCAAGAGGAUGAAGAUCACUCGCAGAAGGCUCAACGCUGAUGGCCGGACCAUGCGGACUGAGGACAAGAUCUUAAACAUUGUCAUCAAACGGGGUUGGAAGGAGGGAACCAAAAUCACAUUCCCCAAAGAAGGGGAUGCCACUCCAGACAACAUCCCUGCAGACAUUGUCUUCAUCCUCAAGGACAAGCCUCACUCGCACUUCAAGAGGGACGGGACAAACGUGAUCUACACGGCAAACAUCAGUCUUAAAGAGGCCUUGUGUGGCUGCACCGUGAACAUUCCCACCAUUGAUGGACGGGUGAUCCCGCUUCCCUGCAACGACAUCAUCAAGCCAGGGACAGUGAAGAGACUACGUGGGGAGGGGCUGCCCUUCCCCAAGGCCCCCAGCCAGCGAGGAGACUUGAUCGUGGAGUUCAAAAUCCGCUUCCCGGACAGAAUAGCUCCCCAGACGAGACAGAUCCUCAAGCAGCACCUCCCAUGCUCCUAGAGCCCAGGGACUCUCCUCCAAAGCAGCAAUACUCCAAACGCAUGUGCCACAGCACCUGGCCUGCACAGAGCCAAGGUGCCACAGCACUUUUAAAUGCAAAAAAAACAAAAAACAA